GUUUAUUUUAUUCACGAUAUUACGUACUUAGAAUAUCCAUGACGAUUCUAGUUGUCAAUUAACAGCCACUUGAACAAGUGUUUAAUAAAGGAACGAACGGAAUCAAUCGCAUACACGUGUCGGUCGGUUUCUGUCCUAUCAAAAGAUGUUGCGUGAAGACAUCUGCUGACUCAUCACAUCCGCAUCCGUUUUCAGACAACGAAGUGAUGUCUAUACUCAGCGAGUUGUAUUGAGCUGUUGAGAAUCAUGUUCUACCUAUACGGAGGAUUCAUACCAGUAAGCCAUCUAUGAGGCUAAUUCGGCAUUUCAUCCGGAACCGUCCGGAGGUCUUUGUGCGGGGACGGGAUCCUAGAAGCUCCAACGAGCUCAAUUGGACAAUAUCACGGCCACAACCUCGUGACAGGGGAAUACGAGAAUUGGCGUUCGUAUUUCCCAUGGAGCGGUCUGUCUAGGGAUGCAAUGAUCGUGAUGGCCUUAAGCGAAGCCAUAAGCCGCAAUUUAUUUCAGCGUCUUGUAGACGUACAUAUAAGUCGGAAACCCAUUCGUUGUUUUCCAGCUCAUUCUCGCCUCAUCCUCAUCAGCUCUCUCCAUUGCCUCCAUCAACAAGAAUCUUCCAGCUCCUCACUACACUCACUACCAAUAAUUUCCUCCUCAACCACCUCAUCAAAAUGAAGUUCUCCGCUGCUAUCAUGGGCGCUGCCCUCGUCGCCUCCGGUGUCUCCGCCCAGAAGGCCAUCGUAAAGAACAACUGCGGCUCGACCAUCUACGUGCAAUCCUUCCCCUAUGACGGCACCUCCGCCGGUCCCCUGACCACGCUCACCGCGGGCCAGACCUUCAGCGAGGACUUCCGCGCCGCUGGCUCGACCGUUAAGAUCGCAACCACCAAGACCCUCAACUCGCCUCUAUUCUUCGGCUACUCCUUCACCAAGAGCCCCGACUAUGCCUACUACGAAUUCAGCUCUGAAUGGGGCAACCCCUUCGCCAACUCAGCCAACACCCUCGGCGCGGGCGAAGGCUGCGAGUCCUUCAGCUGCGCGGCGGGCCAAGCCGGGUGCUACAGCCAGCCUGCGGCGAAGAAGGUAUACGGCUGCCCGCAGCCCGUGGACCUCGAGGCCGUUAUCUGCGCUUAGAUACCGAUUCACUUCUUCGCCCAUGUAAAUAAGGGAGUGGUGGGAGUAAUCACAAAAGGGUCGCAUUAGAGCACAAAAAAGAGGAACUAUCUUAAUGGUAUUAUGUAAUUAGUUUAGGCGUCCAGGAAAACAAUACACUUGUCGAAGUUACA